AUGUCGCAGCAGUCGCUGCUCCCCGCCUCGGCGGAGACUCGGAAGUUCACCCGGGCGCUGAGCAAGCCGGGCACGGCGGCCGAGCUGCGGCAGAGCGUGUCGGAGGUGGUGCGCGGCUCGGUGGUGCUGGCCAAGCCAAAGCUGAUUGAGCCCCUUGACUAUGAAAAUGUCAUCGUCCAGAAGAAGACACAGAUCCUGAAUGAUUGUCUAAGGGAGAUGCUGCUCUUCCCUUAUGAUGACUUUCAGACUGCCAUCCUGAGACGCCAGGGUCGCUACAGAUGCUCCACGGUUCCUGCCCACGCACAGGAGGAGGCUCAGAGCUUAUUUGUUACAGAGUGCAUCAAAACCUAUAACUCUGACUGGCAUCUCGUGAACUAUAAAUAUGAAGAUUACUCAGGAGAGUUUCGACAGCUUCCAAACAAAGGGGCCAAGUUGGAUAAACUUCCAGUCCAUGUCUAUGAAGUUGAUGAGGAGGUUGACAAAGAUGAGGACGCUGCCUCCCUCGGCUCUCAGAAGGGCGGGAUCACCAAGCAUGGCUGGCUGUACAAAGGCAACAUGAACAGUGCAAUAAGCGUGACCAUGAGGUCAUUUAAAAGACGGUUUUUCCACCUGACUCAACUUGGUGAUGGAUCCUACAAUUUGAAUUUUUACAAAGAUGAAAAGAUCUCCAAAGAGCCAAAAGGAUCGAUAUUUUUGGAUUCCUGUAUGGGUGUGGUUCAGAACAACAAAGUCAGGCGUUUUGCUUUUGAGCUCAAGAUGCAGGACAAAAGUAGUUAUCUUUUGGCAGCAGACAGUGAAGUGGAAAUGGAAGAAUGGUUCACAAUUCUAAACAAGAUUCUGCAGCUCAACUUCGAAGCUGCGAUGCAAGAAAGGCGAAACGGAGACUCUCAUGAAGAUGACGAACAAAGCAAAUUGGAAGGUUCUAGUUCCGGUCUAGACAGCUACCUGCCUGAACUUGCCAAGAGUACCCGAGAAGCAGAAAUCAAACUGAAAAGCGAAAGCCGAGUUAAACUUUUUUACUUGGACCCGGAUGCCCAGAAGCUUGAUUUACCAUCAGCUGAGCCAGAAGUGAAGCCAUUUGAAGAGAAGUUUGGAAAAAGAAUUCUUGUCAAGUGCAAUGAUCUAUCUUUCAAUUUGCAAUGCUGUGUUGCCGAAAAUGAAGAAGGACCCACUACAAAUGUGGAGCCUUUCUUUGUCACUCUAUCCCUGUUUGACAUAAGGGACAACCGGAAGAUUUCUGCCGAUUUCCACGUGGACCUGAACCAUUUCUCAGUGAGGCAGAUGCUGGCCGCCCCGUCCUCCGCUCUGAUGAAUGGCAGCGGGCAAAGCUCACCCACCCUCCCGGACAUCCUCCACGAAGCCGCCAUGCAGUAUCCAAAGCAGGGAAUAUUCUCAGUCACGUGUCCUCAUCCAGAUAUAUUCCUCGUGGCUAGAAUCGAAAAGGUCCUCCAGGGGAGCAUCACGCACGUCGCAGAGCCAUACAUGAAAAGUUCCGACUCUUCUAAGGUUGCUCAGAAGGUGCUGAAGAAUGCCAAACAGGCAUGCCAAAGACUCGGACAGUAUAGGAUGCCAUUUGCUUGGGCAGCAAGGACAUUGUUUAGGGAUACAUCUGGAAACCUUGACAAGAAUGCCAGAUUCUCUGCUCUCUACAAGCAAGACAGCAAUAAGCUCUCCAAUGACGACAUGCUCAAGUUGCUGGCGGACUUUCGGAAACCCGAGAAGAUGGCUAAGCUCCCAGUGAUAUUGGGCAAUCUAGACAUUACAAUCGAUAAUGUUUCCUCAGACUUUCCCAAUUAUGUCAAUUCAUCCUACAUUCCCACAAAACAAUUUGAAACCUGUACUAAAACUCCAAUCAUGUUUGAAGUAGAGGAAUUUGUGCCCUGCCUACCAAAAUACACUCAACCGUACACCACCUAUAACAACCACCUUUAUGUUUAUCCCAGAUACUUGAAAUAUGACAGUCAGAAGUCUUUUGCCAAGGCCAGAAAUAUUGCUAUUUGCAUUGAAUUCAAAGAUUCAGAUGAGGAAGACUCUCAGCCUUUGAAGUGCAUUUAUGGCAGACCCGGCGGGCCCGUGUUCACAAGAAGCGCCUUUGCUGCAGUUUUACACCAUCAUCAAAACCCAGAAUUUUAUGAUGAGAUUAAAAUAGAGUUGCCCACCCAGCUACAUGAAAAGCACCACUUGUUGUUCACAUUUUUCCACGUCAGCUGUGAUAAUUCAAGCAAAGGAAGCACAAAGAAGAAGGAUGUUGUUGAAACACAAGUUGGAUAUGCCUGGCUUCCUCUUCUGAAAGAUGGAAGGGUGGUGACCAACGAGCAGCACGUUCCUGUCUCAGCCAAUCUCCCACCUGGCUACCUUGGCUACCAGGAGCUUGGGAUGGGCAGGCAUUGUGGUCCAGAAAUUAAGUGGGUGGAUGGAAGCAAGCCCCUGCUGAAAGUUUCAACCCAUCUGGUUUCUACGGUGUAUACUCAGGAUCAGCAUUUGCAUAAUUUUUUCCAGUACUGUCAGAAAACUGAAUCUGGAGCCCAAGCUCUAGGGAAUGAACUUGUGAAGUACCUUAAGAGCCUGCACGCCAUGGAAGGCCACGUGAUGAUUGCCUUCUUACCCACCAUCCUAAACCAGCUGUUCCGUGUCCUCACCAGAGCAACUCAUGAGGAAGUCGCCGUCAACGUGACACGGGUCAUUAUUCAUGUGGUUGCCCAGUGCCAUGAGGAAGAAUUGGAGAGCCACUUGAGGUCAUAUGUUAAGUACGCGUACAAGGCUGAGCCGUAUAUUGCCGCUGAAUAUAAGACAGUGCAUGAAGAACUGGCCAAAUCCAUGACGGCAAUUCUCAAGCCUUCUGCUGAUUUUCUCACCAGCAACAAACUGCUUAAGUACUCAUGGUUUUUCUUUGAUGUCUUGAUAAAAUCCAUGGCUCAGCACUUGAUAGAGAACUCCAAGGUGAAGGUAUUGCGAAACCAGAGAUUUCCUGCAUCUUAUCAUCAUGCAGUGGAAACCGUUGUGAAUAUGCUGAUGCCACAUAUCACUCAGAAAUUUCGGGAUAACCCAGAAGCAUCCAAGAACGCGAAUCAUAGCCUGGCUGUCUUCAUCAAGAGAUGUUUCACCUUCAUGGACCGGGGCUUUGUCUUUAAGCAGAUCAACAACUACACCAGCUGCUUUGCUCCUGGAGACCCGAAGACCCUCUUUGAAUAUAAGUUUGAGUUUCUCCGUGUGGUGUGCAAUCAUGAACACUAUAUUCCAUUGAAUUUACCGAUGCCCUUUGGAAAAGGCAGGAUUCAAAGAUACCAAGAUCUCCAGCUCGACUAUUCACUGACCGAUGAGUUCUGCAGAAACCACUUCUUGGUGGGCCUGUUGCUGAGGGAGGUGGGGGCCGCCCUCCAGGAGUUCCGGGAGGUCCGGCUGAUCGCCAUCAGCGUGCUCAAGAACCUGCUGAUAAAGCACUCAUUUGACGACAGAUACGCUUCCAGGAGCCAUCAAGCACGGAUAGCCACUCUCUACCUGCCUCUGUUUGGUCUGCUGAUUGAAAACGUCCAGCGAAUCAACGUGAGAGAGGUGUCCCCGUUCCCCGUGAACCCAGGCAGUACGGUGAAAGAGGAGUCCCUCACGGUGCCUGCUGUGAACCCGCUGGUGACACCACAGAAGUCUGGAAACACCUUGGACAACAACCUGCACAAAGAUCUCUUUGGCGCCAUCUCUGGCAUCGCUUCUCCGUAUACAACUUCAACUCCAAAUGUCAACAGUGUGAGAAAUGCUGAUUCGAGAGGAUCCCUCAUAAGUACCGAUUCAGGGAACAGCUUUCCUGAAAGGAAUACCGAGAAAAGCAAUUCCCUGGAUAAGCACCAACAGAGUGGCACUUUGGGGAAUGCCGUGGUUCGCUGUGACAAGCUGGACCAGGCCGAGAUUAAGAGCCUGCUGAUGUGUUUCCUCUACAUCCUGAAAAGCAUGUCGGAUGAUGCUUUGUUUACAUAUUGGAACAAGGCUUCAACAUCUGAACUUAUGGACUUUUUUACAAUAUCUGAAGUCUGCUUGCACCAGUUCCAGUACAUGGGGAAGCGAUAUAUAGCCAGAACAGGAAUGAUGCAUGCCAGAUUGCAGCAGCUGGGCAGCCUGGAUAACUCUCUCACUUUUAACCACAGCUACGGCCAUUCGGAUGCAGAUGUUCUUCACCAGUCGUUGCUUGAAGCCAACAUUGCCACGGAGGUGUGCCUCACCACUCUGGACACUCUCUCUCUGUUUACACUGGCAUUUAAGAACCAGCUCCUGGCUGACCACGGACACAAUCCCCUCAUGAAAAAGGUUUUUGAUGUCUACCUGUGCUUUCUGCAAAAACAUCAGUCCGAAACGGCUUUAAAAAAUGUCUUCACUGCCUUGAGGUCGUUAAUUUACAAGUUUCCCUCGACGUUCUACGAAGGGAGAGCCGACAUGUGCGCCGCUCUGUGCUACGAGAUCCUCAAGUUCUGCAACUCCAAGCUGAGCUCCAUCAGAACCGAGGCCUCCCAGCUGCUCUACUUCCUGAUGAGGAACAACUUCGACUACACCGGGAAGAAGUCCUUUGUCCGGACGCAUUUGCAAGUCAUUAUUUCCGUCAGCCAGCUGAUAGCAGAUGUUGUGGGGAUCGGGGGAACCAGAUUUCAGCAGUCCUUGUCUAUCAUCAACAACUGUGCCAACAGCGACAGGCUCAUCAAGCACACCACCUUCUCCUCGGACGUGAAGGACUUGACCAAAAGGAUCCGCACGGUCCUGAUGGCCACGGCCCAGAUGAAGGAGCACGAGAAUGACCCUGAGAUGCUGGUGGACCUCCAGUACAGUCUGGCCAAGUCCUACGCCAGCACCCCUGAGCUUCGGAAGACGUGGCUGGACAGCAUGGCCAGGAUCCACGUCAAAAACGGGGAUCUCUCCGAGGCGGCGAUGUGCUAUGUCCAUGUCACAGCCCUGGUGGCAGAAUAUCUCACGCGAAAAGGCAUGUUUAGACAGGGAUGCACAGCCUUCAGGGUGAUCACCCCAAACAUAGAGGAGGAGGCCUCCAUGAUGGAAGAUGUCGGCAUGCAAGAUGUUCAUUUCAACGAGGAUGUGCUCAUGGAGCUCCUUGAACAGUGUGCUGAUGGACUCUGGAAGGCCGAACGCUACGAGCUGAUUGCUGACAUCUACAAACUCAUCAUCCCCAUUUAUGAGAAGCGGAGAGAUUUUGAGAGGCUAGCCCACCUGUACGAUACUCUGCACCGGGCCUACAGCAAGGUGACCGAGGUCAUGCACUCGGGCCGCAGGCUCCUGGGCACCUACUUCCGAGUGGCCUUCUUCGGGCAGGGAUUCUUUGAAGAUGAAGACGGGAAGGAGUAUAUUUACAAAGAACCCAAACUCACACCUCUGUCCGAAAUUUCUCAGAGACUCCUUAAACUUUACUCAGAUAAAUUUGGUUCUGAAAAUGUCAAAAUGAUUCAGGAUUCUGGAAAGGUCAACCCUAAGGAUCUGGAUUCCAAGUAUGCAUACAUCCAGGUGACUCAUGUCACCCCAUUCUUUGAUGAAAAAGAAUUGCAAGAAAGGAAAACAGAGUUUGAGAGAUCUCAUAACAUUCGCCGCUUCAUGUUUGAGAUGCCCUUCACCCAGGCUGGGAAGAGGCAGGGUGGGGUCGAGGAGCAGUGCAAACGGCGCACCAUAUUGACAGCGAUACACUGUUUCCCUUACGUGAAGAAGCGGAUCCCUGUCAUGUACCAGCACCACACCGACCUGAACCCCAUCGAAGUGGCCAUUGACGAGAUGAGCAAGAAGGUGGCUGAGCUGCGGCAGCUGUGCUCCUCCACUGACGUGGACAUGAUCAAGCUCCAGCUGAAACUCCAGGGUAGCGUGAGUGUGCAGGUCAAUGCUGGUCCACUGGCAUAUGCCCGAGCUUUCUUAGAUGACACAAACACAAAAAGAUAUCCGGACAACAAAGUGAAGUUGCUUAAAGAAGUUUUCAGGCAAUUUGUGGAAGCUUGCGGUCAAGCCUUAGUGGUAAAUGAACGUCUCAUUAAGGAAGACCAGUUAGAAUAUCAGGAAGAAAUGAAGGCCAACUAUAGGGAAAUGGCAAAAGAGCUUUCUGAAAUCAUGCAUGAGCAGAUUUGCCCGCUGGAGGAGAAGACGAGUGUUUUACCGAACUCCCUUCACAUCUUCAAUGCCAUCAGUGGGACUCCAACAAGCACCAUGGUUCACGGGAUGACCAACUCGUCCUCAGUUCUGUGA